AUGUAUUCCGCCACCAUUGUAGCUGCGGCCGUUGGCCUGCUGAGUGCGACGGUGGUCGCAUCACCUGCCGAGACUCACGAUAUCCUCGCGGACCUCCAGGACCGUGCCAUGGCUGCUCUCGCUGAUUCAAGUGCUGGCAACAAGCGCAGUAGCUGCAACAUCUUCAACGCUCGCUACCGCCGGGAUUGGGAAUCUUUCUCGUCCGAAGAGAAGAAAAAUUACAUAAAUGCCGUCCAGUGCAUGUUGACGUCGCCAUCGAAGUCCGAUCCCGAGUUCGCCCCCGGUGCCCGCAACCGAUAUGACGACUUUGUCGCUGUGCACAUUAACCAGACCACCCAAAUUCAUGGAACUGGCAACUUUUUGACGUGGCAUCGCUACUUUGUCUGGGCCUACGAGGAGGCUUUGCGGAAUGAAUGUGGCUACAAGGGCGCCCAGCCAUACUGGAACUGGUUAAAGAACCAGGACGAUCUCACUAAAUCCUCUGUCUUCGAUGGAAGUGACACCAGCCUGAGUGGCGACGGUACCUACCUCAAGCACAAUGGUAGUGUCAGUGGUGCCGGCGCCAUCUUUUUGCCCUCAGGCAAAGGUGGAGGUUGCGUCUCAACCGGCCCUUUCAAGAAGUAA